AUGGACAGGUCCAAGGCGCCUCCCCUACAAAGUCUCUCCCUGCCAUCCCGGCCCCUGACGUCCCACGCCAUCGCCUGGUCGUCCGACGCAGAGCUCGCCGUCGCCACCUCCGACGGCAUCCACGUCUUCCUCCCCGAAUACCCGCGCAGCAGCGGCGGCGACGGCGAGAAGCCGCCCUCGGAGCGCUACGCCACCUCGCCCCAGUUCCCCGUCUUCCUGCAGACGUCCGGGUCCCUGCGACCGGACCCGGCCAUCAACACGCCCCUCUGCCUCUUCGCCGGCGCACAGCCGCCACCACCACCGGCCAACGGACCCGGCGACUUCCCCGGCGUCGGCGGCGGCAAAAUCACGGGGGCCGGUGCGUCGCUCGGCCAGGUCGUGCGCGUCGAGUGGUCGCCCGGCGGGCUCGGGGCCAACCUGCGGCCGGUCCUGACGGCACUGACGGGACACGGCGCCGUCACAUGUUUCGGCGAGCACUUCGACCUCGGCAAGAGCGGCGGCGGCGCCAGCGGGGAGUCCAAGAAGACGCAGGUGCGCUCGUUUAAGAACUGGCGCAUCCUCUGGGGGUUGGGGGCUCGGCUGCCGCUGCCGAGGGCCGGCGGCGCGGACGUUCAGAUCAUGGAUGAGCGCAUCACGUCGUUUUCGUGGGCCAAGGACUUACAGCCGGGGAGGGCGCUGUUGGCGUACGAGACGGACGACAAGCAUGUCGUCGUCAUGGCGGUGCAGUUUUACAGCCGGGACAGCGCACCGGACGAGAAAGGUUGGGAUAUCCGCGAGGUGGCGAGGUUUGACGCCAGCGGACCGCACGUGGCCGUGGAUCCGUUGGAUCCAGAUUUUGUAUCCUCAGGUUCUGCGUUUUCGCUGAAAUGGAGCCCGUGGGUUACGUAUCAAGGAAAGCAGACGGCGGUGCUUUCCUAUAUCGCAAACAACCAUGUUGGAUUCCGACGGGUUGUCAUUGAGGAAUUGUGGAAGCACGGCGACACGCCAGCCGUCAAGGUGGACGAACACGACAUGAAGGGUCUUUGCCUAUCCCUCUCAACCGAUGCUUUCCUGGAAUGGGAGAAUACGUCUUGGAGCGAUGGCGAUGGUCCGCUCACCGUGCGUGGCAUCGUUGCUUCGCCAUUCGUCCUCUACCCCUUUCAAAUCCCCUUCACAGACCCGAUGAGCGCCGCGAUACCGCGACACAAGACCAGUCUAUGCUCAACCACCUACCCAAAUCAAGACACCCCGACGAACCCCAUCACAGGUCAGUCCCCCAACGCGCCGCUUCCACCUCCUCAUGAUUACCCUCGAUCACAACUGACGGAGCAACCAACACAAGGCCUCGUCAUCCACCACGCCGACCCUUCCCUGCCGCGGCCGCCCGUGCCGCACUACUCCCUCGUGCGGCAGUCCUGCACCGCCACCAACCAGAACUGGUUCCAAACCACCCUGCCCGAGGACGACACGCCGCUUCCGCAGUGGGCCGAGGACCUGGGCCAGCGCACUGUCCGGCGCAUCCCCCUCGCCCGGGCCCUGCGCGGCAAGUACAUCGACUCCUCCUCCGACUCCUCCGACCCGGAGCCAGACGAUGACGACGAGAUGCCUGACAGCACGACCGCCGCCGAGCGUCGCCAGACGGUCCACCCGCGCCGCUUCCGCCUCUGGGGCCUCGCCGCCUCCCCCGGCGACGGCUGCACCGCCGCCGUCGUCUCCCGCCACAGCACGCAGCACCCGAGCCGCCGCGACCGCGCCGAGGUCAUGUUUGGCUGGCACGUGCCCCCCGACGGCGACGUCGCGGGAAUCAAGACGGUGGCGUCACUCCCGCGCAAGGCAUCGACGGAGGCGCGCGUGUGGGAGUGGCUGUACGGUCGCGGACCCGAGGUCCCGGGCACCACGCACGCGACGAGCAUCCCGCUCGACAGUAACAUGGUAGGCGGCGGCGCGCUGCGGCGGCAGUUUCGCGAGGUGCUUGCGCGCGUGCGCUGCGUGUUCUGCGACGGCGCGUUGCGGGAGACGGACGGCGGCGCCGACGCCGUCUGCUCCAACGGUCACUCCUUUGGCAAGUCUUCCUCCCUCGACGGCUGUCUCUUCGAAACUUCAGGCUAA